UUUGCAGUCGCGAGUAAAAUUGAACGGGGUGCUUAGGGCAAGGAAUUUGUGAACGAAUACACUCACCUAGCAGCAAUAGCGGGCCCGUUUUCUAGCGAGAAAGCAAACCUUCGGCACAAUGCAGCAAGAAGAUCUAGCGUACGAGAGGAAGCUACGGCCAAUCUGGGAAUCGAUCGAAAUCGGCAACUACAAAAAGGCGCUGCAGGAUGUCGAGAAGAUGCUCAAGAAAAAACCGACCCUACAGUGUGCCCGUGCACUGAAAGCUUGGGCGUAUCAGCGGCUCGGCCGCACCGAAGACAGUGCACCGCUGAUAGCGGCUCUCGAGCAGGAGCAACCGAUCGAGGCGACCACGCUGCACGCGCUCACGUUGUGCUACAAGGAAAUGCAACGGCUGGACAAAAUCUGCACCCUGUUUAGCAAUGCCGUGCGGCAGGUGCCGGGCAGCGAGGAACUUCUUUCGCAGCUAUUCAUCGCCUACAUGCGUAUCGAUGACUUUAAAGCGUUGCAAACGGUUGCACUGCAGCUGUACAAAUUGCGGCAACGCAACUCAUACUACUUCUGGGCCGUCAUGAGUGUGGUGCUGCAGGCAUUGCGCGGACCGGAUGCGGCAAACCCGGAGAAGGCAAAACUGCUGUUGGCUCUUGCCCAGCGUAUGGUGGACAAGUUUAUUGCAGAGAACAAGCUCGAGGGAGCACAGGAAGCGCAACUGUACCUGCAGAUAUUGCAAGAGCAGCACAAGUACGGCGAGGCGUACGAGUUUUUGCAGGGUGCUUUAUGCCAGAAGUUGUACCCGGGUGCACCCGUCUAUCUGCGGAUUGAUCUGCUCAAGCAGCUGAACAAAUGGGGCGAUUUGAACCGGCUGCUGAAGGAGCUGCUGCUACGGGAGCAAGAUCGUUGGGAUUAUUAUCAGGAUUACAUAAAUUCCACGUUCGAGCUGAUCAAGGCGGGAGACAAACCGGACGGCGCGGAUUACACGGUGGAAAUGUGUCACGAGUUCUUGUGCGAUAUUAUUGAAGCACAGCCGAAAAAGUUCCGUGGACCAUAUCUAGCCCGGUUGGAACUGAACCGUCGCAUGGUUGAGCUGCAGUACGCGGAAGAACAGCUGUUCGGCAAGAUGUCCGAUAUGUUGGCGGAAUAUUUCGAGCUGUUUGCCGACAAACCGUGCUGUGCGCUCGAUAUGAAGCUGUUCCUAGAAUUUGUCAAACCGGCCUCCGAACGAAGGGCACUAGCUACGAAGCUAAUGAACGGGCUAGGACUCAGCUCAGCAACGUUGCCUGCAAGUAAAGAACAAAUGCAGCGACACAUAUGCACGUUACAGAUUGCACGGUACAGCGGAGCGCAUGCCAUCGUGAGCGAGGAACUGCUGCACGCCAUUUAUACCUCGCUCAGCCUUCACUACGAACACGGGUACAAUGCGUACGGGCAGGGGCUGCUUGUAACCGAUAUGGGACCAUCCGAUGCGUACGCAUUGCUUGCAGCGCAAAUUAUGUAUGAACGGGCAUGGCGCAUGCAACGUUCUGGACCGGCCAUCGAAGCCUUAUGCUUGCUAAACCAUCUGCUAGCGAACAGUGUUAAUAACUUCCACGGCAAGCUGCUAGUUCUACAACUGUACCAUCGGCUCGGUCUAAUACAGGCAGCACAAACGGCGUACGAAGCGCUAGACAUCAAGCACAUACAGCUUGAUUCGCUCGGUUAUUUGCACUGCGCCCAGCUGGCAAAUGCUGGCUUUCCAGCACUGGCCAAAACGACGUACGACCGUACGCUUUACUUUUUCCUUAACGAUAACGAUGCCAACUCGGAAUUUACGAAGGCACUGUGCAACUACGGCACGUUCUCAAAGUUGGUGGAAAUUUUCGACUUCCGCAGCAGGCUUACCAACAGUUUUCACUUUAUGCUCGUAACCGUCGAAACGUUGCUGCUGAUGGUGGUAAGUUCCGGUGGUACAUUGUCCCAGCUGCUGGCAGCAUACCGGCAGACGCGCCAGAAACCGCACGAGGAUCGUAUACGGUGGGACAAGUUGCACGACAACCGAGAUCUAACGAUCUUCGUCUGUUGGGAUCCGCCCGGCGAUAAGGAUGAGGCUGCCGAUGGUCAACCGACAAACAAUGGUACAUGUGAUGGGCCCGAAGCAGUACCAUUCGUCUCGAGACCGGUAGGUGCUACGCUGGAGGAUCGUCGGGAGCGACUGCAAAAGUUAAGCUACGAGCAGGACUACGAUUUGCUGCGGUUACGAUCGAGUCUCUCGCGAAUGAUAUUUUCGCUGGUAGAACUAUAUCUCAACCGGGCGACGAUGGAAUGUACGGUUGCGCAAGAGUUGCGUGAUGAGUGGGUCGAAGUGGUCGGAAAUAUCCGUAGUAAAAAGCACACUCCGAUCAGUGGCCGGUAUCUAGUCAAUCUGUUGCCGUCGCGUUUACAUCUUUACCUGAGCCUACCGUAUGAGCGUGUCUUUACACAUCUGGCCGAUCUGGUGCUCGAUCUGUGGAAGGGUCACAGCGUAGAGCGACUUACUGAGGCAGCUGAUACGUGUUGCAGCGAUGUGACGUCCCUUUACGAGACGCUAAAGGGUGCUAUCGAAACGUACCACCAGUCGUCAGAUUUGCUGUGGCAUUGGAAGAUGACGCACGAGCUCGUUAAUGGUUGUAUUGAGAUGAUCUCAUUCAUGGUGUUCGUUCUGGCGGUUUGUUACGACAAAUAUCUUCAUACGCCAGCAUCCCAAACGCAGCCCAACACGGGGAAGAAAGGUAAAAAGGGACAGUCUACCGAUAGCAGCGGACCGGGUGCUACAAAUAAUGCUAUCAACAGCGAUGCCAAUUCUGGAACGGCCGCCGCUACCAUUUUCGUCCCAGAGCGGGAACGUCUUACGUUGGUUACGAAGGUGCUUCGGGAAUUGAAACAACGAAUCAACGAAAUGGACCUUGUGCUAGCCUCCUGGAAGCCACCAGUGGUCGAAGAAAGUCUCACCGCCGCUAUAGAGCGAAUGUCGCUGAAUCCCAACUAUGCCUCCAACAUACAAUUGACCAUCGCAGAGAAUGCAUUGACUGAAGUAAGGGAGCUGCGAAAGGUGUUAAAAGACAAGCUAAAGCUGAUGAGUAAAGCCAUUUAA